AUGAAAAUAUAGUCAGGUGACGUUAACAUGCUCACAUGGACAGGCUAGACCCGGGUUAUGUGUUGAGAAAUACAUAAGGUACAACUAUACACAUGUACAGAUAUGUACACAGUCUACAAAAAUGACCACAGGACUGUUCAGAUGGAUGUGUUGUCUAUGGACAAAGUAUUGUCCGGUUAGCUGUAUGUGUAAUCAAAAGGGGGGAAAUCCUCAACCUUUUGGUGUCAUAGUGUACUUUCGUUUUGUAUAGUGAUUGAAUUGUAACCUUCGUACUAGAUAUCUCAACAGAAAACCCAUUACCGUGUGUAUUGAAGACAUUUUUCUCUUAAUUGGCGUCAGAAAUAAUAAUGUCCUAAUUUCUUCCUGGUACUGGUUGUCUGGUAAUGAGUCACUGGCCUGCAUUGACCACCUGAUACUGACCAUUUUAUACAUGGUUGGUCCUGUCGAGGAUAGUGUAUAUAUUCAUACGUUGAACGCUACAACCCGUCGGACUGUGUAACACGGGAUCUAUCAAGACGUAGUGUGUGGUAUAACCUUCAACAUGGAACCUAACCAUCAGGUACUCGGUGUGUAUGCAGAUGCCCUCACGACUCUGAUCAAAAACCAUGAUCUCACCAAAACAGCUAUGAAGUUCCUCCGGAACAAUUUCCAACUAUUCGCGGAUAAGUUGAAAGCCCAAGUGCAAGGGAUAGACGUCAUACAAGUUGGCAGUUCUUACGACGAUCUGCAUCUGGCUCGGUUGUUGAAAAGCGAAGAAGGCUCUUAUCAGUUCUUUCCGGAAGUAGAUUUCGAUUUUGAUAUGAUCUACCUUAGCUACGUUGUAGGAGAGACAGAUAUUUCUGGAACUCGUGAAGGCGAUGCCGAUUGUAAUGGACAGUGCCUUCCUUCUUCGACAAACUUGACCGGAAGUUCCCUAGGUGAUUCUGGAAAAGUGCAGCAACCUUUCGCUGUUAUGGAAUCGUCCUCAUGUCCCGGGUAUGUCAAACUUCGUGUCACUCCUCACGGCCGACAGAUGCUCAAAAAACCAGGAUGUCGAAUUGGUAAUUUCAUAACACCAAAAGGUUACCUUCUGAACACCGCGUUUACAUCCGGGCUUGUCAAUGAGGGGGGCCGUACGGAGAUUGUAUACUCUCGUGUUGGUCAGUUUGUCACCGACGUGUUACAGAAGAGUGAAACUACUGUGUACACUAAAACAGGUCCCGCCAUCACAGAGAUCAACAAGGCAUGCCAUGGUUACACGUAUGACUUCGUGCAUGCCUUUCCAUGCUCUACUUGGCCGACAGUGGCGAAAGGAUGGGCGGACAGGGCACGGAGGUGUCAAUGGCCAAAUGAUACCCUCAUCCAGAAUAUUGUACGAGAUGGCUGUUUGCUUGUUGCCAUCGGAAGCCAACAGACUAGCGACUCGUCAGAGGAAUGGAGGUUAUCGUUUGUACAGGCGGAACGCAUGCUCUCCGACUCUUUGUCCAAUCUCCAGAAAACUUGCUACUCCGUUGUCAAGGUGAUGUUGAAAUCCAGCCUGUCUGAACGAUCUAUCCUAACGUCUUACCAUAUGAAAAACAUAUUCUAUUAUCUAUGUGAGGAGGUUGCUACAUCCCCGAGGCCUGGGCAUUGGAGUCACUUGGGGACAGGAUCAUGCAAUUCCUGAAAUACAUAUCUGUAUCACUUCACGUGCACAGGAUACCACUGUACUUCCUCCCGCCUCUCAACCUCAUUGGUCGCUAUCCAAAGGAUGAUGUAGACGCGACGAAGAAAGAAGUUGAAACAAUCAUUAGAACACCAUUCACGGCAUUGAUGGAAGCGUGUAACAGACUUGGAUGUUUUGACGUAAAAGCUACAUCUCAAAAGUUCCAAGAAAGACCAGGAGAGCUGAAGCCUUUGUUUGCCAUCUACACUUCAAGUGUACAUAUCCUGUGGAAUCUUGGCUGCAUGAAUAUCGGAGAAGACUUUGCUAAAAUAUGCUUCCAGAAAGUUGUCAAUUUAAACACUGCCACUUCUGGGUACAUCACCACCGGAUCCAAUACCUUCACAGCACGCUCCAUUCCCGCCCUUCUAAAGCCACUUGCACAUGCGUACACGCAACAAGGUGACGCUGACAAGGCUCUUUGGCUGUUUCUUGCAAUAGAAGAACUGGCCCCCGAAUUAGUCGCGUCGUCUUAUACCAAUGUUUUAAGCAAUAUAGCAUGUUUAUACGGCAACAAAUCGUUAAAUCAGACAUCGGAAGAAGAAAUGUCGUCGGAGUACGAAGCAAAAGCAAUUCUAUACUUCAGAAAAGCUCUUAGUCUGGUAUCCGACUCUCCAAGCCUUCAUCUCAUGUAUGGGAACUUUCUCAUCGACCACAAAAAUCCAACACUGACCGCAGCUGAACAGUUUGAGAAGGCGAUAGCUAUAAAGACUCCGUGUGGUGAUGACGACGCGCUCAUACAAUUGACCCUCCCGGGGGGCCGAGAUCGUCCAGAUCGCCCGUGUUACGUCCCAGGACAGUUGGCUGCUUAUUACCUCAUGGUCCAAAGCUGUGUCAACCUCAUGGACAUAUACCAGGCCCGAAAAGUUGCCAGACGAUUCGAAGAAUUCAUCAGAGAACGGUGCAUGCUGAAGCACAAGGUAGUAGCCUGCCAACUCUGUGCCAUUGGCUACAAUCUAGCUGGACUUACUGUCAAAUCGGCGCUCAUGUCGACAGAAUGUGCCCGAUACGAACGUGUGGUUCAAUAAAUAUUACAUAUAAAGAUACAAAUGUAGCUAUUUACCAAGAGAUUGUCGCGUUUGCCAGUCUGAAGAGGAAAUCUGUAAAAUCUGACAAGAAACAAAUACCCAAAAGUCUUACAUAGCUGAACGAAUACUAUUACAGGACCCGAUUGUUCUGAUCAAUCAAUGAACGACCGUCAAAUUGUAUUUAUUGUCAAUCUGAAUAUGUGUGACUAAUAAAUACUGAUAGGAUGAAGUCUUAUGGAGACGUCAUUACUACUGUCAUAUA